GCCGUUCUGAGGUUUUAUCACUUCUCCGUUUCAGAUGAAGAUCCUUUUGCUCGUAACAGUGGCGGCUGUGGCCCUUGGAGACGACCUGGUAGACCGGCAGCGGGACGACAGCGAGUACCACUUCGCUUGGCUCCACGACGGCGGGCGGACCUACGACUGGCAGGGCGCCAACAGCUACUGCUCGAGGCUCGGGCGCGGCUGGAAGGGCAUCAGUAUCGAGAGCAGGGGAGAAGACAGCUUCGUGAGCGAUAUCAUUGAUGAAUACGAACUGCCGUGGAUCUGGACCGGAGGCCAACGCAGGGGACGCGACUUCGCAUGGCCUUCGGGAGCCCGUUUCGUGGGUCUGAACUGGUCUCACACCGGCGGGAGGAAGCAACCGCAACCAGACAACCGCGAGGAGGGGGGCGAGAACUGCGUGGCCGUCCUCAACGACUUCUAUGACGACGGCGUGAGGUGGCACGACAUCGCCUGCCACCACGAGAAGUCCAUCAUCUGCGAGCGCUCCGACUGAGAGCUCGGGGCGGAUUGCAGAGGGCGGGGCCGUUGGCGCGCAGUUGAGUGCUCUGCAGGGAAGAAAUCUGUGCAAGAGGAUUGUGGGCUAAUGGCAAGAUGUUGCCCGUAUUUAUUGCUAUUUAUGUGUGGAUAAGAAUAGAAUAAAAUUUGC